AUGCAUCUAGACAUGAAGGGGAAGAUCCAGGUGUAUGCGCGAUGGCACAUGCUGAGCAACAAGGAGCAGGGCGAGGGGAAGCGCAUGGUGCUGGAGAUGGCGGACGAGUUCACGCUGCAGCACCCCAACACCCUCAAGGAGGACGGGCUGCUCAAUUCGUAUCAGUUUGACCAUGUAUUCGACCACACCGCCAGUCAAGAGGCAAUUUUUGAGGACUUACGUUACCUGAUCCAGUCAACCAUUGAUGGCUACAACGUGUGCAUAUUUGCGUAUGGGCAGACGGGCAGCGGGAAGACGCACACCAUCUACGGCGGGGAUCAGAACUCUAGGCUCACGCCGCGCGCCAUGCAGGAGCUCUUCAACGGGCUGAGGCAGCUGGCCGGGCACAUGAACUACAAGCUGCACGUGCGGAGAAUGAUAAGGUAG